AAUGAAGAAUCAUGAGUCGACUUUUUUAUAGCAUGGUUUUCAGUUGUUAAAUUUCCCAUGUAUAAGUGGGUUCUAUACCAGCACUACUAUGACCACAAGAUCAUAGUACUAACCUUCCUUAACAUAUAUAGUAGAACAACAAAAACAAAAAAGUGGAUCCUAGAAGGGAUGGAAAGUUUGCACUAUAUUCAGAAGCAUCAGAGGCGAAAGAGGAGGAUGAGUUGUUUGAUGCUUAUAAUUAUGCAUCUUCAGACACUGACAUGUCUGCAAUGGUUUCAGCUCUUGCUCAAGUCAUGGGAACUACCAAUCCGAACCAACACAUGGUACAAUCAACCUCCUUUCCUGUCUCAACCAUGGUCAAUGAAGAACCUCAGCCCCAACCUCUUCUAGAUCAAGAGAUCACAAAGAAACCAAGGUACAGGGGAGUGAGACAGAGGCCAUGGGGAAAAUGGGCAGCAGAAAUCCGUGAUCCAAAAAAAGCUGCUAGAGUCUGGCUAGGAACCUUUGAAACAGCAGAGGAUGCAGCCACUGCAUAUGACAAAGCUGCACUCAAGUUCAGAGGCACAAAAGCCAAGCUUAAUUUCCCUGAAAGAAUUCAAGGGAACACUGAUGCUAGCUAUGUGGUACAACAAGGUUCAGGAAGCAGAAAUGUUAUUUAUACUAAUGAUGCAACAACUAGUGCUAGUAGUGCCAUAAUUCAACAUGCACAUGCUCAUGAUAUUAAUGCUCUUCCUCCUUCAUUGUCCACUACAAAUGAACAUGAUCACCAAGUUUUCCCAAACCUGUUUCAGUAUGCUCAGAUUCUUUCAAGUGAUGAUGCUGAACUACCUUAUUACACAUCCCAUCUUUUCAAUCAACAACAACUGCCUUUUAGUUCUCAGUUUUCUACCAAUUUGUCUUCAACUUCAUCUCCCUCAUCCUACUUCUACAACCAGCAGCAACAACAACAUGAUGAAGAAGGAGAUGAUGUCACCAUGAGCAGUAGUAUGUAAAACUUUUUAGUUUUGGUAUAGAAAUGAGUCAAGUUUUAUGUCUCUUAAUUACUUAAGCUGGCACAAGUCAUGGAUCUUACAAUUCAUUUCAGAUUUAAUUAUGAGUAAUGUCAUGACUCAUUUUUAAUCAUAUCAGGAGCUAGGGACAUUAUGUAUUCAGUGAAGAGAGAAAAAAUGUCAUUUUCCAUUGCAAUAUUAAUUUGAAGUUAAUAUUUAAGGACUUUCUUCAAUGGGGUCCAAAAAUUCAGAUGUCUA